AUGAUGUCUGAUCAUUAUCAAGCUUCUUAUGAGUAUUCUCACAACUUCUCUGAUCACUUUUUAUCAGCUGAUGAAGCAGAAGUGCUGCUGUUCAUGACUGUGUCUUCAUCUCUCUCAGUCUCAUCACCACACCUGAUCUUCAGGCCAGCAGCCAACUCUCUGCCUUCCUCAGGCCAGCUUCUGACUCUAAGCAGCACAGUUCCUCUCUUUGCUGUUCUUAAUAAAGAUUAUGUCAUUCUGACUUAUCAGAAUUUACAGUAUAAAAGUCAUGUCUCAGCUUCUGCAGAUAUCUUAUCUGCCUGA